AUGGGGGCCACCCCUUUCCACCACUCGAUCCUCGGAGUACGGCUGCCGAAGCACUUUGAUAAGCCGACACAUAUGAGGUACGAUGGUACUCAAGAUCCCCAAGAGCAUCUAACGGCAUUCGAGGCCAGGAUGAACCUGGAAGGGGUAGGGGAUGAAGUAAGGUACCGGGCUUUCCCGGGCUCCAUAACCACGUUUGCCGACAUCAGUCGCGCCUUCUUGGCCCAGUUCACCACGCAUAUCGCUAAAGCGAAACACCCGAUUAAUCUGUUAGGAGUGACUCAACGAACCGGCGAGCUGACCAGGAAGUACCUGGAUAGAUUCAAUGAUGAGUGCCUGGAGAUUGACGGCCUAACCGAUUCGGUGGCCAGCUUGUGCUUAACCAACGGACUACUAAAUGAGGAUUUCAGAAAACACCUUACCACCAAGCCCGUCUGGACAAUGCAGGAAAUUCAGAACGUGGCCAGGGAAUAUAUCAAUGAUGAAGAAGUAAUCUAG